AUGAGUAUAGAAGAAGAAAUUCAGCCAUUUAUUGAAUACAGUUCACUGCAGAGUAGGGAAUCUCUUUUAGACUUACUAGUACAAACAAUAAAGACAGAUCCAGAUUUUGAUCAGGUAGUUUACGGUUACCGUAAAUGUAGAUGGCGUACUAUACUUGUGUACAUUUUCUCCAUUUUGACCUGUGGUAUACCUUUCUUAGUAUUUCACUGGUAUCCCACAUGGCUCCUUUAUGCCACAUCUGUUAGAUGUUGUUUUCAAAUAGCAGAUCAGGUGUUAGUUGAAGAAAUAUAUCAAAGGAAAUGCAAAAGUUACUUCAUUCACAAAAUAGUUGAUAAAAACAUAGCAGAUGCCAGUGGUUUACUGAAUGAAGGUUUUGAAGAUGAGUUUGGAGGCGAAAAGGGUCCUUUAGACAGCGCGGACGAUCUGUAUACUCCUUUACAUUUAGACGAUGGCACUAGGCUAAAUAUCCAACAAUAUCGAUACUUCCGACACAAAAAACAGUAUUUAAUAUGGGACAGUACGAGGGCGCAGUGGAUACGCCUAGCGGGUAUAGAGCGUGGGGCCUCUUGUGUCCAGUUACACGCCGUCGCAGCGAGACCACCGUGUUCCGAAAGACGAUUGAGAAUGUUAAAUAUAUACGGACUCAACGAAAUCAAAGUUCCAGUACAAAGUAUUAUGACACUAAUUCUCUUAGAGGUUUUCAAUCCGUUUUACGUGUUCCAAAUAUUUACAAUAGCAGUAUGGUUGGCCGAGCCGUACUAUUAUUACUGUAUUGCCAUUAUUCUCAUGUCAACGUUUGGUGUUGCCACAUCUGUUAUACAAACGAAAAAGAACCAGGAAAGUCUUCGUGCGACGGUGGAAGCCCACGACACAGUGGAACUAUGGGGUGGGAGGAGAGUGGAUAGUAGGGCCCUUUGUCCGGGGGAUGUUCUGAUACUUCCUCCCCACGGCUGCACUAUGCUGUGCGACGCGGCGUUGCUCACCGGCUCUGCCAUUGUCAACGAGAGUAUGCUUACAGGUGAAUCUGUACCAGUAACCAAGACAGCCAUGCAAAGGAUUGACAAAGAGUUUCACUUAAAGGAACACAGCUCUAGUGUAUUGUUUUGUGGCACCAAAGUUAUACAAACUCGCUAUUAUAACAACGAGCCUGUUAAAGCUCUAGUUCUCCGUACAGGCUACAACACCAGCAAGGGGGAGUUAGUGAGGAGCAUUUUAUAUCCAGUGCCAGCGGACUUCAAGUUCGACAGAGAUUCCUACAAGUUUAUAUUUAUUUUGGCCUGCAUUGCUAUUUUAGGGCUUGGAUACACUGUGGCGUUAAAGGCAUACAGAGCGAUGACAGCCAGAGAAAUAGUGAUAAAGGCGUUGGAUAUAAUAACAAUAGUGGUGCCCCCCGCGCUGCCGGCCGCCAUGACGGUGGGGCGGCUGUACGCGGUGGCGCGGCUGCGGCGCGCGCGCGUCACCUGCCUCAACACGCGCGCAGUCAACGUCAGCGGCUCCUUGGAUUGUAUAUGCUUCGAUAAGACAGGCACCCUGACCGAGGACGGUAUGGACAUGUGGGGCGUGGUGCCGGUGAGCGCGGCCUCCAGCCCGCCGCUGCUGGCGCGCCCGCAGCGCGACCCCAAGCGCAUGAACGACCUGCACGAGCUCAAGAUCGGCAUGGCCUGCUGUCACAGCCUCACUCUACUCGACGGGGAGCUGGCGGGGGAUCCCUUGGAUUUGAAGAUGUUUGAAUCAACCGGUUGGCGGUUGGAAGAGCCAGAAGUACCAGAAAGUGAAAACUACGAGCUCCUCACCCCCACGGUGGUGAAGCCGCGUGGCGCCGCUAAUAUUAACGUUGAUGAUUUACAUGUGCCCUUAGAAGUAGGUAUAGUCCAGCAAUACCAGUUCGUGUCGAAUUUGCAAAGAGCAUCGGUGGCGGUUCGAUUACUGGGAGAAGACGUCGUACGUGUGUACUGUAAGGGUGCGCCCGAGACUCUACGGACGUUAUGCAAACCUCAUACAGUACCGGCAAAUUUAAACGAAAUAUUAAGUUCGUAUGCAGAAAAGGGAUACCGAGUUAUAGCGAUGUCGACCCGAAUAAUGGAAGCAACAUUCAAACAGCUACAGAAAAUGGACAGAGAAGAGGUGGAAUGCGAUCUAGAAUUCUUGGGUUUGGUUAUAAUGGAGAAUAAAUUGAAGGCAGCGACUACGGGCAUUAUUAGGGAACUUAAAGAGGCGAAUAUUCACGUCGUCAUGAUUACAGGGGACAAUAUCCACACGGCAGUGAGUGUGGCGCGGGAGUGCGGCAUCCUGGCGGGCGGGGAGAGGGUGGUGCUGAUGGGGGUCGACUCCACUGCAGGCACCCCACAGCUUUACUGCGAGAGCUCUAUGCAUGGGAUAGUAGUGGGCGGUCGCGUGAGCUUCGAGCGCGAGUGGCGCAGCAUCGACAGCGGGCGCGGCUCCUGGCGCUCCGCGUCCCGGGAGCGGGGGCGGGACGAGGAGGCGCCCGCGGGGGAGGCCAAGUACAAGAUUGUCAUGACCGGGGACACCUGGAAGGUGCUCCGCGAGCAGCACCCGGGCGCGGUGGCGCGCGUGGCGGCGCGCGGCGCGGUGUUCGCGCGCAUGUCGCCCGACCAGAAGCAGCAGCUCGUCAUGGAGUACCAGGCGAUGGGGUACUAUGUUGGAAUGUGCGGUGACGGCGCCAACGACUGCGGAGCGCUGCGCGCGGCGCACGCCGGCGUGUCGCUGUCCGAGCUGGAGAGCUCGGUGGCGGCGCCCUUCACCUCGCAGCAGCCCGACAUCUCCUCGGUAUCGAGGGUGCUCCGCGAGGGCCGCGCCGCACUAUCCACCAGCUUCGGCAUAUUCAAAUUCAUGAUAUCGUACUCCCUCACUGAAUUCUUAUCUGUAGCCUUUUUAUACUACUUCGAUUCAAAUCUCACAGACUUCCAGUUUCUAUACAUAGAUAUCGCCUUGAUCGUCAAUUUUGCAUUCUUUUUCGGCAUGACGGAAGCGUUUACUGGCAAGUUGUGUGCUGUGCCGCCUUUGACGUCGUUGUUGGGGGUCGUACCCAUCGUGUCUCUGAUAGGACAGAUGCUAUUCAUAUUUGUCACUCAGUACGCAAGCUAUCUCGCUCUAACGAUGUUUCCGUGGUACGUUAGACAUACGUAUGAAGGAGACGAAGCGAAUGAAUGUUGGGAGAAUUACGCCAUUUAUACUGUUUCGAUGUUCCAAUAUAUCAUUUUGGCUGUCGUUUUCAGUCAUGGCGCCCCCUACAGGCGGUCGGUUGUGACGAACAAACAGCUAAUGGUUAGUGUGGUUGUGAUGACAGUUAUAUCUAUAUAUAUAACAGUGUCACCGGCGGAAUGGCUAUCGAAAUUUCUAGAACUCAGAAUGCCCAAAGAUGUUCUAAUGUGUUACAUUAUAAUCGCAUUAGCAUCUUUCAAUUUUGUUGUUGCGUUAUUCUUCGAAAGAAUUAUAGUUCAGUAUUUGAUGGAAGGAAAGCAGAUGAUACCAAAUUUCCUAAAAGAGAGACAUAUAAGGAAAACGCCGUAUUUAUUGAUCCAACGAGAGCUAACCGAUAUGGAUUACUUGAAAAGUGAUAGCAUUAUCAAAUAUGAUAAGGAGACGAAAGGUUCCAUGUUCGAUUCUAGUUCGGAC